AUGUCGCUCUUUGCACUUUCCACUCCCCGCGUAUGUGGUCUCACUCCACGAGCAGCCAGACCCUCUGCGGUUGUCUUCGCGGCCUGGACCCGCUCCUUUGACGCAACUUGCGUUCGUCACCAUGCCACCAAGCCUCCACCAGUGAACACCACGCAAUCAGCUGUUGGCGACAUACUUGUUCAGCAGCGCUUGCGUCGUCCACUGUCACCUCAUCUCAGCAUCUACAAAUGGCAAAUCACAUCGGUGCCGUCUACCCUCACCCGCAUUACUGGCGUGGCCAUGAGUUUCAGCUUUUACCUCUUUGGAGCCUUGUAUUUGGUCUCGCCGGUGCUUGGAUUGAACAUGUCCUCGGCAGCUACUGCAGCGGCUUUUGGUGCUUGGCCAGUUGCGUUACAGAUCUUGACCAAAGCUACGCUGGCCUGGCCUUUCGCAUUCCACGCUUUCAACGGGAUACGUUACUUGUGCUGGGACAUGACGAUUGGCGUUAAUAACAAGACGGUGGCUCAGACCGGCUGGACUGCUGUAUUUGCUUCUUUUGUCGCUACGCUAGUGCUUGCAGCUUUUGUAUAG